AUCUCCCUUCUCCAUUGUCCGAACGGUGCGGUGAGACGCAAGCAUGGAAGGCGUGGCGGACAUCGUCGUCGUCGGCGCCGGGAUAGCAGGGCUGGCAGUGGCGCUGGGCCUCCACAGGUCGGGGCUGCGGAGUCUGGUGUUGGAGUCAUCUGAUAGCUUGAGAGCUUCUGGCUUCGCCAUCACCACAUGGACGAAUGCGUGGAGAGCGCUGGAUGCGCUCGGCGUUGGAGACGCGCUCCGACAGCAGCACGUCCGGCUUGAACAGCUCGUUGCUUUCUCUGCAUCUUCUGGGUCUGUCACCACAAGGCUAUCGCUCAGGGCACGAGGGAAACAUAUCGGGAAGCAUGAAGUCAGAUGCUUGAAGAGGAACCUACUGGUCGAAGCCCUGGCCCAGGAGCUCCCUCAUGGCACCAUCAGGUACUCAUCCAAGGUGGUCUCGGUGGAGGAGGCAGGCACAGUAAAGCUCCUUCACUUAGCGGAUGGAUCCACUCUCAGAGCCAAGGUCUUGAUCGGGUGCGAUGGGGUCAACUCCGUCGUAGCAAAGUGGCUGGGCCUCAAGGUGCCAGCUUUUGCCGGGCGGUAUGCGGCCAGAGGGAUCGCCACUUUCCCGGACGGCCAUGCCAUUAAUCCGGAGUUCGCGCAGCACUUCGGAACUGGCUAUCGAUCAGGGAUGCUGCCCUGUGAUAAGAAAAGCGUUUACUGGUUCUUCACCUGGACUUCUGAUGGAGAAGACAAAGAAAUGAGAAAAGAUGCUGCAAGGGUCAGGGAGUUCGUGCUCAGCAAGAUGAAGACCGCGAAGGUGCCGGAAGAAGUUCUACACGUCAUCGAGAGGAGCGAGCUGAGCGGCGUCGCGUCGUCCCCCUUGAGAUACAGGUCGCCGCUCAACUUGCUGUGGGGGGACAUCAGUAAGGGAAACGUCUGUGUGACCGGCGACGCGUUCCAUCCCAUGACGCCCGACCUCGGCGAGGGCGGCUGCGCGGCCUUGGAAGACGGAGUCGUCCUGGCCAAGUGCUUGGCCCAAGCUCUGAUCGGUGCCGGCCAAGAGCGUUCCGAAGAAGACGAAAGCCGCCGGAUCGAGGCGGCGCUGCGGAAGUAUGCCAACGCCAGGCGGUGGAGGAAUCUUGAUCUCGUCGUUACCUCUUUCGUGGUGGGAUUCAUACAGGAAGGUGGCAACUGGGUCAUGAACAUGAUGAGAGAUGAGGUUUUGUCUGGUUUGCUGGCCAAGAAGCUGUUGAGUGAAGCUGACUUUGAAUGCGGCAACCUUUGAAGUCAAUGCAAUUGCUGCUAUGGAAUAAAGGCUAAUUUAUUUAUCUUAAA